AUGGGUUUUCCGGUGGGCUAUUCAGAGCUUCUUCUCCCAAAAAUCUUCCUUCAUUUACUUUCUUUCUUAGGUCUCAUCCGAAAACUAAUCUCCACAAUCUUCCGGGUCAUCGGUUUACCCGAUUUCUUAGAACCCGACAUGGUUUCAUCUCCAUGGCCCGACCCGCCACCAAACUCCACCACCUCAGGCCACCAACAAGACUCUAACAUCUACGCAGCAGCGAUGCUAGCCGGAGAGAUCUUGCCCGUUGUUCGGUUCUCGGAUCUAAACCGACCCGAAUCCGAAUGUUGCGCGGUGUGUCUCUACGACUUCGAGAACGACGAUGAGAUCCGACGGCUGACGAACUGCAGGCAUAUAUUCCAUCGGGGAUGUUUGGACCGUUGGAUGAUGGAUUAUAAUCAGAUGACGUGUCCACUUUGUCGUACGCAGUUUCUUCCUGAUGAUCUUCAAAUGAAGUUUAACCAGAAGCUUUGGUCUGAAUCUAGUGACGUUUCUGAACUACUCGCUGAAUCAUUAUCUUAG